UUCCGUAUUAGGUCUGCUGAUUCGGAGGAAUCACGCGGAAGUAGUAAAUUAGACGCAUCAAGUAGUGCAAAUCACCAACCAAAACAGUGACAUUUUGGAAAACUAAUGAAAGUAAAGUGUAUUUUAUUUUAAACAAGAGGACAUGUGCCAGUUCCAUUCCGAUUGUUAGGUUAUUCCGUAGAGGUAGCCUAUAGUCGCUGAAUUGUCAUCAUCAGAUAGAGUUAUGGCAUGCAGCGACUCAAUGGUGUCAAUGAAUGGAACUCAAGUUUCCUAUAUUGGACAUGACUGUGAGGACAUCCCAGAGUACCUUGGAGAAAGAUAUGGACUCUUGACAAGACGGCUAGAUCUCAGCUUCAAUCAGCUAAGGUCACUGGCGGGCCUCAAAGCGUUCACUGGGCUGGAAGAACUGGUCGUCGACAACAAUCUGCUCGGAAACGACCUCCAGUUGCCCAGGUUACCCACCCUCCACACCCUAACACUCAAUAAGAACCAACUGACUGACAUUGAGGAGCUGCUGGAGCACUUGGCGAAGGCGACACCGUCGCUGCAGUACCUCAGCCUGCUGGGAAACGAGGCCUGUCCCAACCAGCUGGUCAGCCUGGACAAGGAUGAGGACGACUACCAGAGAUACAGGUAUUUUGUUCUGCACAAGCUACCCACCCUAAAGUUCCUAGACACUAGGAAGGUUUGUAAGACAGAACAGCAGGAGGCUGAGGCACGGGGAGCCUUCAUGAAGGUGGUGAAACCCAAGUUAUCAGACACGGUGGCCCCAGGUGAGCCCAGGUCUGAGUGUUCCUUUAUGCCCUACACCCCUCUACCCAGAGGCUCUAGAGACGGCAAGAACCACAAAGGUGUGUUCGCCAAGUGCCAUUACGUCUACUAUGGAAAGCAUUCGGAAGGCAACCGAUUCAUCCGCAAUGACCAACUCUGAUGGACCGACAGAGAGACGCAAACACACGCACACAAGCUUCAUUAUACAAGUCGUUAAAUAAAAAUUCAAACAUCUUCAUUAAAAUGUCUCUUCUGUAACCUAUACUGUCACUCUCAGACCCCAGUCCUGGGGCCGUAUCUAUCAAGCUUCUCAGAGUAGGAUUGCUGAUCUAGAAUCAGUUUUCAAUCAUGAAUGAGAUUAUAUGGACAGGGGGGACCUGAUCCUAGGUCAGCAUCCUUCUCUACGCUUUAUGAAUACGGGCCUUGUAGCGUAGUGGCCUGGUCUCCUCCUCCGCUGAGCUGUGGCUGGCUCCCCUGUCAGCUCCACUCUCCUGCCCCAGAGUGAACAUUGACACUCACGUUGACAUAAUUGCAUUCAAGCAGCAGUGCUCCACAUAAACACAACCAUAUACAAAAAUGCAUGCAUGCACACACACGCACCCACAGAACUGUUCACGCAAGUGCAAGCACUCUCUCUUUCACACCCACCCGCCCACCCAAACAACACACACACACACACACCCCGUGGCCACAGUGAUGGACAGCUCCAGCCAAGCGGCUGAUUUGACAGCCACAGCAGCCAUGAUGGAUCACCCGUCCCCUACCGCCACUCAUCAGGGGUCAGAGGUCAAACCUGAUGCCUCACUGGGCCUGUGUGAGUGUGCAUGUGUGAGGGGGACUGGGGCGUAAUGAUGUAUAUUUCAAAAUGUAAGUAUACAGUAAAUUUCACGUUUAGAGUGUCAGUUAGGAGAAAGAGAGAUACAACAUAAAACAAAUAAAGUUUUUAAAACGUUUACAAUUCCCACCCCUAAGUCCACCUAUAGAUAAAUUACAUAAGAUAGGUAUGUUUACACCUGGUACAUCUCCAUCUUGUCAAAAUUGGGGCUUGAGAAUGUUAACAGAGG